AUGUCGAGCAGGAGGCAACCUCUCUCGACCAUCUCCAAUGCUGCCAAUUCCCCCUACCGAGCGGUAACUUCGACUACCACUAAGCAAAAACGUUCAUAUGCCAAUAUACAACGCGAAGAUGCAUAUGGACAACCACCCCCAGCGAAGAAGCAGAUGCUAGAUGUGCACCAAACUUUGAGAACACCUCCACGUCAAAGUGGUAGUCAAGUAUCGGCUGAAGGAAGGGUGUUCACUCGGAAAUCGAAUACCCAGCCAUCCAAUUUCGAGCGGAAGUGUGUGGCAGUUAGAGAUAAAGGUUCUCAACAACAGCAGAUCACCAAAGCAGACAAAGUACCGGAGGAGAAUUUGAAUUUGGAAUCGAUACGUCAAUGGCAAAAACACUACAGGAAGAGUUUUCCAAAAUUUGUUUUCUACUUCGAGAGUAUACCAGAGGAUGCCCGGCUGAAAUAUACCAAACAGGUCCUCGCUCUAGGUGCACGCGACGAAAAAUUCUUCUCUAAUGAGGUCACCCAUGUUGUCACAACUCGUUCGAUCCCACCGGAAACUCCCUAUACUUCUUCAAAUACCGCCGAAUUACAUUCACAAUACGGCACUAUCAAUCCCUCUUUACUAGACAGAUCCUCUGAGACCACAGAGUCAAGAGACUCUAGGUCGAAGUUUACAUUCGAAGCUCCUGUUCCCAGAAGACUUGGUGCCCAAGGACAUGACGGAGACGCAAGACGACAGCAAGCCCGCAGCUCGGAUGUAUUACACAAAGCACGAGAGCUGGGGAUGAAAAUAUGGGCCUUAGAGAAAUUGCAGCGAAUGAUGACCACAAUGUUUGACACGGAUACUGGCUACCAAACAGCACACAGUCACAACACAAGGAGUCAUUCUGUCCAGGGCAACACAACAGGUAGAGCAGGCCGAGAUACUGACCUCUCCCAGUUACUGAGAAACGAGCGGAUUCAUGGACCAUCUGAUCGAGAUCACAGUGUUGCUACGAAAGAGAUGACUAUAUUUCGAGGGCCUUAUAUCUACAUACAUGAUAUUGAUGAAAAACGGAAGCCGAUCAUGGUUCGAGAGUAUACAAAGGUUGCUAAUAAGGAAGAAGGAGAUUGGCCUCAAUUCCGCAGUGUUGCAAAUGGCAAAUGUCCAUUUGUGGAGGAAGUAGAGUACAGUCGUCGGGAAGUAGAGAAAGAAAAGGAAUUAAUCCGUGUCCAGAGGCAAAAAGAGAAGGAAAGGGCUGCGAUACCGAGGACAAGAGCUGCUACUGCGGUAGAAGCAGCCAAGAUGCAGCCACCGAAAGCCAUCAGCAAACGAGCAUUAGCUCAGCUUGAUGACGGAGCAAAUCGAAGCGCUACUGUCUCGACGAAGCAACCCAAUCCGUUCGAUACUAAUCAAUGUCAUCGUACGGAAUUUGAGUCUUCAUCCCGAGGUCAGAACGCGUUCGUCAGCCGUGCUGGUGUUGGCCGAUUGUUUGGCGGUGAACCAGUUGCAUCAGGAGUCCAGCCAUCGAACAUCACUUCUGCUAUUCGCUCUCAGAUGAUCUCUUCAACGGCAGCUCAACCUGGACUCAAAGCUGGAGCAAGCAAAGAGAUUCAUGGCCUGCAAAGAAAAGUUCUGGAGAAGACGAGUGGUGGUACUGGAUCCCAUGCAUCCCAUCGUAUGACCGAUAUCACUGCCGCCGUACGAGAAAACGUAGCAGCUCGCCCUGCCAAGCGAGAGGCACAAAAGAAACUCGGUGUUAUCGAAGAGGACGAUAUCAACAUAGAGAAAGAGGAUGCGGCUAGGAAAGUUGAGACUGCUCGCAAAGCUAAAGCUGUCCAGCAAAGAAAGCAGGAAAAGCGUGAUGCAAAACCCGGAUACUGUGAGAAUUGCGGCGAAAAAUUUGAGGACUUUGAUGAGCAUGUCCUCUCACGCAAGCAUCGUAAAUUCGCGGAAAAGACCGAUAUUUGGAAAGAACUUGACGCCUUGUUGGGUCAACUUGUUCGACCUUUUGUAAGAUGA